CACAAGUCGAGAUGUGCUCAUGACUCUCUUAUAAAUGGAGUCUAAAAAUUGAAUGUCUAUCUUGCUCUUAUGAAUAAGCUCUUACUGAGCCGAGAGCCGCUUGAUUCAUCCAAAUUUAAUAAAUAAAUAAAUUUAACACCGUUCCCCGGAGGAGUGUAAAGUCGCAGAGACGGAGCUUGGCGCGCGAGAGAUCUUAGGGUUUCCGUUGUCCGUGAUUUCUCUUUUCAAGUGGACAUCUGAAAGUAUGGGAUCUCAAGAAGAGGAAGUUGACGAAUCACCAUCAACUUGAAUCUCGCGGUUCUGUGUCAAGUCCUAAUUCGUUGCCUCGUUUGAAUCUACUUCUUCCUCCUUCUUCUUCUGAGCUAAUUGUGAUCAUGUUGGAUUUCUAGGAACAUGAUUUGAAUGCUGAAUUAAGGGAUUUUCCGCGUUUUCGUGUAGAAACUCCGCUUAUGUUCCCAAGUUUACACUGUGGAAAUGCGACACAUUGGAAGAAGGUCUAACCUGCGGUUUUUCUCAAUUCUGCUUCGUACCCAGUUCACUUCAACAUGUGUUAACUCCGCUCAACAUGUCAAUACGAUGACUAGUUUUAAUUUCAGGCCUUCUGAUACUGGAACUCUGACAGGUCCCUUGGCCUUGAGUUCUGGGUUUGCUAUCCGGUUCUCUUCUUUUGCUUUCUCUAAUUAUGAGAAUCCAGUGUUCCAUAAGAAUAAAGUAGAAGAUAGUAACUUUUAUGGUGAUUAUGAUGAUGACGAUGAUGACAACAGUGAUGAAGAUGCUGCUUUUGAUGAUGCCACUGUUGGGGCAUUGAAUGGAGCUGAUAAUAGUCUUGCUUGUGAUGCAAGAACCAUUCUUAAUGCAGUACGAGAAGCAGGGAACAGUAGUCUUGAACUGAAACACAAACUUGAGCAAUGUGGUGUUGCUGCUUCAUCGGAAUUGGUUGUGGAGGUUCUUUCUCAGCUUCGCAACAAUUGGGAAGCUUCAUUCACCUUCUUUCUGUGGGCUGGCAAGCAGCCAGGCUAUGCGCAUUCUGUGCAUGAGUACCACUCAAUGAUUUCUAUCCUUGGAAAAAUGAGAAAGUUUGACACUGCAUGGGCCUUGAUUGAUGAUAUGAGAGGGGGUAAGAACGGCCCAUCACUAGUGACUCCUCAUACACUCUUAAUUAUGAUCAGGAGAUACUCUGCUAUGCAUGAUGUGGGGAAGGCUAUAAACACUUUUUAUGCUCAUAAACGGUUUAAAUUUGAUGUCGGGAUUGAGGAAUUUCAGAACCUUCUAGGUGCUCUUUGCCGAUACAAAAAUGUGCAAGAUGCUGAGCAUUUGCUAUUCUGCAACAAAAAUGUGUUCCCAUUUAAUACCAAGAGCUUUAACAUUAUACUCAAUGGUUGGUGUAACGUGAUUGGUAGUAUGCGUGAGGCAAAGAGGUUUUGGAGGGAGAUGAGUAAGAGACGAAUUCAGCAUGAUGUUUUCUCAUAUGCAAGUAUCAUAUCUUGCUAUUCAAAAGCCAAUCAUCUGUAUGAAGUGCUCAGGCUUUUCAAGCAGAUGAAGGAUAUGAGUAUUGAACCAGAUAUAAAAGUUUACAAUGCAGUCAUUCAUGCUCUUGCAAAGGGUAGCCUUGUGAAAGAAUCACUCAAUCUUUUAAGAACAAUGGAAGAGAGGGGUAUUACUCCAAACACUGUUACUUUCAACUCUCUACUCAAGCCUAUUUGUAGGUCCCGGCGAACAGAUGAAGCUAGAGAGAUCUUUGAUGAGAUGUUGCGGCGGGGACUGUCCCCUACAGUUCGCACUUUCCAUGCCUUCUUUCGUAUUCUAAGGACAGCAGAAGAAGUGUUUGUGCUCCUCGAUAAAAUGAAGAAGCUGGGCUGCCCCCCAAAUAAUGACACUUACAUUAUGUUGAUUAGAAAAUUUUGUCGAUGGCGCCAGCUUGAGAAUGUCUUCAAGUUAUGGAAUGAGAUGAAGGAUAGUGGAAUUUGCCCUGAUCGUAGCUCAUAUAUUGUGUUGAUACAUGGGCUUUUUUUGAAUCAGAAGUUGGAGGAAGCUUACAAAUUUUAUAUUGAGAUGAUAAAAGAAAAUCUAUUGCCAGAACCAAAGAUGGAUGAGGUGCUUAAGGCUUGGGCAAAUGGUAAACAAAUGUCAGAUGACCAGAUUUCAGAUUUAAAAUGUCAAGCGGAUUCUAGUCAGUCAGGAAAGAAAACUGAAGUUACCUCGAAUAAAUUUUAUCAGGAAAGGGAUUUUCGCCGACUACCUGAAACUAAAAAGGUUGUAAGAGAGCGAGGAUUUUCUUUCUGGGAGCAGUAGGUUCCUCUUUUUUUUUUUUUUUUUCUUCGCUUGGGGAGCUGUAGGUUCUUGCAUGUUAAUGAACAUCAACAGUAUUUUCUUUCUGGAAGCAGUAGGUUCCUCUCUUCUUUUUUUUCCCCGCUUUGGGGAGCUGUAGGUUCUUGCAUGUUAAUGAACAUCAACAGUAUUUGUUGGAUGUGUAAAGUUAACCAAGCUAGUCAGCAACUCUCAGCUUCAAGUUGUUGCUAGACUCACAAAGGUACGUGAUUUCUCUUUGCUCAUUUGGUUUACCGGGUGCAUUAUAAUUCAGUCAACUCUUUACCAGUUUACUGGGUGCAUAACAGUUCAAACCAGCCCAGGCUUUGAGUGGUUUCAUUUUCAUUAGCAAUAUUUUAUUUGGCAACCAAAUGCACCACUAAUUGUUCCUUUUGAAGGAUCUUACAGACAUGUUGGUUUAUGAAUUGUCAUCUUCUUCCUCUCAAUCAAGCAUGAAUGGAUGCAGGAGGGUAGCUUUUAAGGCUUUUGAAGCUAAUGAACCGUCGCGUGAACAUGCACACUAGGAAAUGCAAAUGAACAUAUCCAUGCUAUAUGCAAUGCUAUUUCCACAAAUAGGUCAGUUUUAUUGAUUCUGAUGUGACAGUUGCCAAAGUUUGUCCCGUGGAAUUGAGAAUGCUGCUAAGCAGGUUAGAGCUACUUUUGAGGGUGCAAAAUCUACAUAUCCUUCUGCAGAGGGGAUAAUCUGUGUAUUCACUGAUGGAUCUUGUGUAUCAGUUCACGUUUCUGCCAAACUUAUCCUCACAUUUGAGUUGUUUAUGCAUGUUCAGUGUGACAUGACAUCCAAGACUGCAAAGAAACACAAGCAAAUUAAACCAGUGCAUCACAGAUUCCAUUAGUGACAAAAUAUUAAUUAUCGUAAUUCUGUGGUUGAAGCUACAUGUCCACUCAGCAGCACCUUGAUGUUGUUUCUUCAUUAACAUAAUCAUAAAUUGCGUCAUCAGCUUAAUCAGUCACUGGGGACUUAAAGUGGGGCGUGGUUGUCUAGCAUCUGCAGUUUUUGCAGAUUCUAGAAUCUGAUGCCAGUUAUUUUCUGAAGUCAGAAUGCUUCUUUGAUGGCAGUUCAGUAUGAAGUCGAAUUAUAAUUCAAGUUUUGGCCCCUUCCGGGAAUUAUGAAAAAAGUUCCAUUCAUUUUCAUCCGUCACUAUGAUGCAGAAUGUGUUGAUUCUUACUACUGAGAGACUAUUUUGAAUUUGGCCUGGACAAUUUAACUGAUGAUAAAGUUGCUCUCA